AAGUCUGCGAUAUUUCAAAUGAUCUAAGUCAAGAACAUAACCUACGAUUCUUAAAUUUAUGUUUUAAAAGUGGAAGGAAUGGUUACGGAGCUCAGGUUAAGGAUUUUAAAUGGCAAUAUGUUGAUGCUAUUAUAGAAAAAUAUAUUUUUUUAUAAUUUUGGGUUAUAAACACAAAUAACGAGAAGUUUGAAUAUUCGCAUAUUUGAGAAUUGAACAUAUGAUUGACACCCAGAGGAUGCACAUGAUGAUGUUGAUUAUACUGAUUUGAGUUAAGAGAGAUUGAGAUUUGAGGUUAUAAUAUAAAUAUUAUAUUAGCGAAGGUAGAAAUGGAAUAAGAAAGAGUAACUUUACUAUAUAAAAGUAUCAAUAAUUGUCAUAAGUGGCAUAAUUUCUGUUAGAAUUACUAUAAUUUUACCAAAUUUGUAGAAUGGGAUUUAAACAUGCUAGAUUUGUAGCUCGCACAGUUCUAGUUCGUAACGGCAAUGUUGAUGAAGCAGUGAAAAACUUGAACCGAAUUCUUGGAAGAGAAGGCGUUUUCGAGCAAUGGAGAAGGAUUCAAACUUAUGAGAAACCUUUCCAGAUGAGGCGAAGAGUCAACUAUGAGAAGUGCAGAGCUAUUUACAAUGAAGAUAUGGACCGUAAAAUUGCCUUCGUCAUGAGAAAAAACAGAGUUGAUCCGUUUCCCGGUUGUAUUUAAAUGUCUCAUUACUUGAUCUUAGAAAUUUUACUAUUGUAGUCGUAAAGAAUAAAAAAUAAUCACUUUCUACAUCGAGCAGUUUUAAUAAACUUUUUGAGUAGUA